AUGUCGGCAACUUCAAGGCACGCUGUCAGCCCUAGCGGAAGAGAUGAAGUUGGAACACAACAAAUGGAAGGACAACAAGGUUCAAACACACAGGCCGAUGCCACAUCUCACUUAAGAAAUCCUUUCACCGGACGGUCAGCUUCAACAGACUCAGCCAUGGAGUCUGGAUCGCCGUUCGAAGGUGACUCUCGCCGGGCAGACUCUCUACAGACGCCAGCGUCUCCGACUCAAGAUAGGCGGUUAAGCAAAGAAUGGGAUGCCGCAAAGGUGCCCCCAUCGCGAUUUCAGAAGAGAGAGGGCAGCAUAUUCUCUACAUCUAGUUCUCGAGACAGUCACAUCACAAGGAAGGAUCGUGAUGCAUCAUACCACGCCAAGUUGAAGGAGAAGGGAUGGGUAUAA